GAGUGCUGUGAGCAUGUUAAAUAAACACUGUUCAUAUUAAGAGGUGAAACAAUGUGAGAAAACUGUGUGAGACCAGAACACUUUCUGAGAGGAUUUUAUGGGAGUCCACGAAGAGUGGAAUUAAGUUGGAGUACUCUAAAACACUUUUCUGAUUUUAGACAAAGUUCAUGGAGGGAAAGCAUACACUGAGCUUGGAGAACACCUCCCUGCACUUGAACAUUUCAGCAAGGCUAAACAAUUCCUAUCCAGUGUCCUUGCCUGGCUUGCAGUACAGCGAAGGAGAGGUGGUCUUAAUUAGCAUCUUAAUGGUGAUCCUGAUUGUAGGCAUUGUUUUUGGCAAUGUGCUGGUCAUCAGUGCUAUUGUAAAAUUUCAGCGUUUGCAGACGGUCACCAACUACUUCAUCAGCUCCUUAGCCUGCGCAGAUCUGGUCAUGGGCCUCAUGGUAGUGCCAUUUGGUGCAUGCUACAUUCUCCUCAACAAGUGGCACUUUGGAAAAUUAUUUUGCGAGUUUUGGACGGCUACAGAUGAAUUGUGUGUGACUGCUAGCAUUGAGACGUUAUGCGUGAUUGCCCUGGACCGGUACAUGGCAAUUAUGUGGCCUUUGCGCUAUCAGUCAAUGCUUACGAAGCGGAAGGCCUGUGGGGUGCUUCUAGGGGUGUGGGCAGUGGCCGCCCUCAUCUCUUUCCUGCCCAUCCACAUGAAGUGGUGGGUGUCAGAUGAACCUGAGGCACUGAGCUGCUUGGAGAACCCAACCUGCUGUGACUUCACCACUAACACUGCCUAUGCUGUGACCUCCUCCAUUAUCUCCUUCUACAUCCCGUUGGUCAUUAUGGCAUUUGUGUACAGCCGGGUCUUCCAGGAGGCCUGUAGACAGCUUCAGAAAAUCGACCGCAUAGAAGGGCACAUACGCACACAGAGCUUCAGCACCCAGGUGGGAAACGAGGUAAAGAACCGGAAGACCAAGUUCUGCAUGAAGGACCACAAAGCUCUGAAGACUUUAGGAAUCAUCAUGGGAACUUUCACCCUCUGUUGGCUCCCAUUUUUUGUUCUUAAUGUGGUGGCAGCCAUCUGGAAGAUGCACAACAUCAUGUUGCCAUUCAGGAUUUUGAACUGGAUCGGCUACACCAACUCCGCCUUCAACCCCUUGAUCUACUGCAGGAGUCCUGAGUUUAGAUGCGCAUUUCAGGAGAUCCUGUGCUGGAGAACUUCUCAACUACCUUCUACAAAGAAAAACAAGGGAUAUAACUACAGCAGCCACAUAUGGCCACGAGUCGACAUGAAGAUCACCGGACAACGAGAGUCCUCACCAGCUUGCGAAACAGAAAUGGGUGCUAACUGUUUAACUGCAGGUACCAAAAACAUUGUAAUAAAAUUGUGACAUCCAACAUUUGAACAUUUGAAACCUUAACGUUAAUAGUCCCUGUACGUCAUUUUAAAGCACUAGAGAUCUUUCUGUUUGAGGCCGCUUUUGUCUGUGACGAAACAUGGUUUUUAGAUUUUGUAGUCCUUGAUCCAAGAACAUUUGCCUAUAUUUACACAGUAUUUAAUAUUUAACCUAGUUUACAUAUGCUUACACUUUUAUUGACCGAGUCAAAACUAAUGAAACUGAAUUAACUUCUGUUUCUGGACAAUGAAGAAAAUGUGUGCAAGAAAUCUAUCACAGAAAUUGAAAGGCUAAACAGUCUACCUCUGAAUUACUACCUCGAGACAGUUUUCAUGUUUCAGUCUUCAUGUUUCAGUUUUCAAGCUAAAACCUGUGUGGAGAGUUAAUUAAAACCCUUGUGCGGUCUUCGGUCAUUUCUGACCGGAAUAUUUUACGUUUUGAAAUGUUAAAAAUCACAGCUUCAUCGGAAUGAUAUGAAAUGCGGUGACCUUCAUGGCAUUUGGGGUGUGAACACACAAAAAAAUUGAGGGCAUGAUUCGAACAGUCUAAGUGGGCGUAAAAAAAAUAGUAACACUCAUGGUCUUCGGUCAAAAAUGACCGUCCAUAGGAAAUGAAUGGGAAAUAGA